CGAGAGUGUGGCAAGACAGCGGCUCAUAGUGACAGCAGGGGCAGAGGGAGGCAGAGCGAGCGAGCAAGCAGGGGAAGAGAAAACUGACAGUGGGGGGGAAUGCAGGAAAGACACUGAAGCUGGAGUGCUGGAGGAGAAAACUGGAGAAUGCAGACUGCCUGCCGAGGCUAGAUAGAAACAUUAGGAAGCAACAGUGAGGAAGCAGAGAGAAAGUGUGGAAAUGUGUGAUGUGCUUAAAUCGCCGCGUGGAGCGUGUCUGUGAGAGCGUGUCUGAUUGUCUGUGCCAACAAUACUGCCAGGAAAACGUGCUUGGUGGAUUAUGAGAGAUCAAGAAGAGGACGAUUGUGUGUGUGUGUCAGAGUGUGUGUGUUUAAUGGUGAACAAAAGGGCUAGGUGCAGCUUGUCCGCGAGUGUGCGUGUUUAGAUAGGGAAAACCGAGCAGCUGGAGAGUUGCUUGAGGAACGGGAAAAGAUAGUGCAGACACUUGAGGAUGCCAGGGCAUUCAGGGACAAGCACAGCUCUCCGAUUCUGCACUCUUAAUGUAACUGCUGUCUGAGCACUUCAAACCCAACAAGGGAAAGCAAACAGAGACUGCUGAAGGCAGAAAGCAUGGGUGCACGUGUCUUCUCCAGCCAUCAGCGGAACUAUCUGUAGGCAUCUCUGUUGCUGUUGACUACCUCAAAGAGACGAAACGGAGGGUUUCUUCCGAGGUCUGCGUGAAGGAUCGGUGGGGGUCCAAAAUAGUGUCUAGUGAUCCCUGGAUGUCUUCAGCACCCAGCCAUGGGAGAGUGGACCAUUCUAGAGCGCCUCCUGGAGGCUGCUGUGCAGCAGCACUCUACAAUGAUUGGAAGGAUUCUACUGACAGUUGUGGUGAUAUUCCGUAUCCUGAUUGUGGCCAUUGUAGGAGAAACAGUCUAUGAGGAUGAGCAGACCAUGUUCAUCUGCAACACCCUCCAACCUGGGUGCAACCAGGCCUGCUACGACAAGGCCUUCCCCAUCUCCCACAUCCGAUACUGGGUCUUCCAGAUCAUCCUUGUUUGCACACCCAGUCUGUGCUUCAUCACCUAUUCAGUACACCAGUCGGCCAAACAGCGUGACCGUCGCUACUCCUUCCUCUACCCAAUUAUGGAGAAGGACUACAGUCGUGAGGGUACCCGCAAACUACGCAACAUUAAUGGCAUUUUGGUGCAGCAUUCUGACAGUGGUGGCGGAAAGGACGAACCUGAUUGCUUGGAGGUAAAGGAGAUCCCAAAUGCUCCAAGAGGUCUCCUGCAUAGCAGGAGCUCCAAGGUACGCCGACAAGAGGGCAUCUCUCGCUUUUACAUAAUCCAGGUAGUGUUCCGCAAUGCACUGGAGAUCGGCUUCUUGGCGGGGCAGUACUUUUUAUAUGGCUUCAGUGUUCCCGGCAUCUUCGAGUGUGACCGCUACCCCUGCCUGAAGGAGGUGGAGUGCUACGUAUCACGGCCCACUGAGAAGACGGUCUUUCUAGUGUUCAUGUUUGCUGUAAGUGGAAUCUGCGUCGUACUCAACCUUGCAGAGCUCAACCACCUCGGCUGGAGGAAAAUCAAGGCUGCCAUUCGAGGUGUGCAAGCCCGCAGGAAGUCCAUCUGUGAGAUCCGUAAAAAGGACAUGUCCCACCUGUCACAACCGCCAAACCUGGGCAGGACCCAGUCCAGUGAGUCUGCUUAUGUCUGAUCUCCAUUCAUCCAAAUAUGGCGUCGCAAGGAGUGGAGUGAAGAAUUACAAGGCGCUUAUGGUACUUGUGCAAAUGUUUAUAAUGGCAAAGAGGGAGUGGCUCCACAUAGCCACACCUCUUUUCCACAAGCCACUCCCUCCCUAUUUAUUGCAUAUGACAAUGUUUGAGGAAGUUUGCACUAUGUUAGGCUUCUGGAACAGCACGUGAAGACGAGGCGCGGAGGAGGAAUUUUUGGAAAGUCUCAAACUGUGCGCAAGCGUCGGAAGGGUGAAGAUCGUGAGGUAUGCUGCUGGGAGCACAGAAUGCUAUGGAAACAAAAGAAUCUGGGAUUGUUUUCCCACUUUUCUCACUCUCAAGAUCUUGAGGAAAGAGGAAGGAUGAAUUAGCAGGAGACCGUAGCAUGACUAUAACCUCCCAGUUUUAUCAACCGUUGUCACUGAGAUGGUGCCAGAAGAGGAAUUCUGUUUAGGUUUGCUCUCCUGGCAGUGAAUCGGCCUAAAGCAAACAACGGGUGAGAUAUAAACAUUGUUACAGCAGUGGCACCUUCACUUUGACAUAUGAUUGAACAAACAUUAGCAUCUUUUUUAUAAUCUCUCUCUGGUUGUCGUGCAAGACUAGGAGAUGAUUAUUACCUCUGCGCAAAUUGUGCCCUUCCACAAAGACACCCACUCUUACGUGUUCCAAUCAAGUAUUCCUCCCUCUUGUGGUGCAUGAAUGUGUGUUUAUAUGUUUGUAUGUGACCAAAGUUGAAAGAAUUUAGAGACUGCAGAUUCUUUUUUGUUCAUUUUAUGAUUUUUUUUUUUUUUUGAAAAAGUUGGUGCCAUCAACUUAAAUGACUGUUGUUGUUUUUUUCAGAUUAUUAUUUAAAACAUAUAGUUAAAAGAUUAUUACAAAGUUAGAUUAUUUAUCUUUAUUGGGAAAGGGAGCCAACCCUGCUGAAAGAAUUUCCAUGCUGGUCCAAGGCUGGUUUAUGUUGAUUAUUGCUGGAUUAGCUGGUGGAGCAGCAUAGCCAUGGUCUGUGUCUGAAAUCCAAUACUUCCCUACUAUAUAGUAUGUGAAAAACAGUACGCCAAAAGAGUAGUAUGUCCAAAUACAUAGUAUUGGAAAGACAGUAGGCGGAAAUCCUUGGAUGACCUACUACUUCCCGAGAGAUUCUGAAGUGCGCAUUCAAUGGACACUUUACUAUCCCAUGAGAUCACGGGACAGGAUUUAUGAAUGGCAGUGACACGACACAACUGACGCUGGUAGAUAGUAUGUGAUUUCAGAUGCACCAGUGCUGUUCACAAGAAAAAAAAAUAUGCUAGGUAACCACCCUGACAGCAACAUUAGCCGUGUUUCCAGUGCAAGAAAUUUCCCCAGGAACUAGGGACUUUGGGGUGGUAUUCAUUGUGUUUCGACUGCAGGAACCAGGGUAUAAAUGAAGUUACAGGCAAAAUUUUCCCCCUCAGAAAGUCCCUGCUCACGAGGUUGUACUUUUUCAAAGUACAGGAACUUUCGGGGGGUGGGACUUGGGUAUGCAGCAUUUUGUUUCAGCCACCAUUUUUAAAAGUCUGUUGCGGUGCAUGCAGUAAGAGUUGUUUGCUAUUUGAAUCAACAAUGGCGUUUAAAAAUACAAACGAUGGACCAAUAACGAGGUUCAGGCUUUAUUAAGCAUAUAUUCGGAGGAUGAAAUCCAGCGGAAACUAGAGUGUCGUGCGCAGUUCCACAUCACGGGACUAUCUUCAUGGUACUUUAGUCUGCGAUGGAAAUGCAGACAGCAACAAGUCUGGGGGAAAGAAGUUCCUGGGACAAAUAGUUCUAGGUAAUUUUGGUGGAAAAGUGGCUAUGGUGUCGGCCCAGAUCCGGCCCACAUCUGUUCCUUGUGGAAUCCACACGUACCAGAUGUGGGCUGGAUCUUGGCCAACAUUAUGUUGCUGUCUGGGCAGCAUGGUCAUUCUGGUGAAUGUGAUUAACAAAGGAAAUCUUGCUUGUUAUGAUAAUGUAGAUGCUUGGUGGGGACACCCGUCGAAAGGAUUGAAAAAAAAUAAUGUUUAUGUAUCCAGAUGUUUCUAUCAGAUGAAUUUAUUAUCAAAAAAAAAGCAUAAAGGUAUCUUUCAAAGGCAUGUUUACAAAGCUUUAUCUGUCAAAUGACUUUUGAAAUGAAAAUUGAUGUUCAGUGUGUGUUAUUAGGAAAAAGGAACAAUUUACAGUGUUUUUAUUAGCUUUUUAUUCUUGUCACGUGUUUAUCGGCAUGCCUUUAUUAGUAAGAAAAGAUGAAAAAAUAUGUAUGCAUUGCACUUUGUGGGAUGGGAAGAGUGGAUAAAAGGAGAAACUCACUCUGGGAAGGACAUUAGUGUUGGGAAAGUGAGCCUUUUGAAUUGGUCCAUCCUAUCAAUAACGAGUAUGUGCGUGUAUGUAGCUGUGUGCCUUUGUUUACACAGUGUGGGAUGAAGCAGGGUGUAACGUCUCUAACAAAGACACACAAAUUACAUUGAGUUGUCAUUCAGCCAAUAUUAGCACUAGCUUAGGCCCACUGAAGACAGUACUUGUGCCUACACCGCUCUGACUAACUUCUGCAAGUGCACAUGAAACAACCCAGUGUAGACAGAACACAGUGCAACUAACACGGGCCAGCUCGCUGACAAACCGCAGAGGCAGAAAACACUGACAGAGAAGAUGCAGAGAGAAAGAGAGGAAACUGCAGAGGCCCUUUAAGAGGAACACAAAGUGUCCUGACUUAGGCAUGUCUUAUAGAAAAUUCUUACAAGGAAAUUGUGUUUAUGUUUAGCUGGACAUGAAGUGUAGUUCAGCCACAAUUCUGAUUCAGGCCAGAAGUCAGUGUGAGGAUGGAUAUUGUCGUUCACAUCUAAAUUGAAUGAGAGGUAUAAAAUGGGUCAGGUUUAAGAGGCCUCGCAUUUGUUUUACUGCUAAUGUAAACAAGUCGUAAAUGAUCCGUAAAACCUCAGAAGCAAAUGCAGACUUUUCUGUACAACCCCGUCGUCUCCAAGACGAGAACCAGGAUUUCUCUGCUUACAUUUACGCCCAGGGUCCAAAAUUAACUCUUAUCAAGCUGCAAAUGCAAUUGGAAAGUACAUAAAUGAAGCUGCUUGCCAGUUUAUUAGGGACUGCAACAGACUGCAAUAAUCUGAACCUUGAUGAAGUGAUGAUGCAAUUUAAAGACAUACAAACUGUUUAAAAAAACAAUUGCAAAUACAGUUCCAUGGCCAUUAACCAAUAUUUAGAACUGGUACAUUUUCACCCGCCAUUUGCCAGCAUGAUUCAAAAGUUAAUUUUGGCUGCUGUGUAUCAAAAGUCAUUUAUUAAACAGUAUUUUUGUAACGUACAACUAAAUCUAACAGGAAUUUAGCGAGGCUUGGAAUAAAUGCCAAUGCAAUAUAAAAAGAUGUAUUCUAACACCGUGUCCUAAGCAGACGCGAUGCGAUAAGACUCCAGAGACAAACAAUUUGUCUGUUCAGACCAGACACGAUGUGACUAUGAGAUGCCAUAACAUCAAUCAAAAAUCACAGCCAAUCAGAAGAGUGCAUGGGCGGGCUCUCUCGGCAAGCUCCGGGCACUCGAAAUAGAUAAGUACAUAACCAAAUUCAUGAAUAUUACACCAGCCGUCGCGGCUAGUUAGGACAAAAACUCCAAUUGACAUUAAAAAUAUACCUUUUAUUUUGUCGCGUUCCUGUUAGGACACGGUGUCAGAAGUCUGCUUAUCUUAAUUGCAUUUAGUUCAUGGGUAAAUUAAUCUUGUUUAAGGAGACUUAGAUGAAAAACAAGACAAAAAUACUUUUUAAGAAAAUUAUUUUUGCAGUGCAUCUCUCUAGGAAGAAACUCAAUUUUAGUUCAACUUAACCAGAACAAAAAAUAAUACUGUGCUAUGGCUGAAUGAACUUGAAUCUCAAGUUCGUUUGGUUUAACGUGUAAAUUAUAAGGGACUAUAGCCAUUAUUGUGUAGGGGUAAAAAGGAAAUGUAUCCCUACGCUGUUGGGACCAAUCCUAUAUCUCUUAUCUCAGACUGUACCUUCUCCCAACAAUUCCAGUUCUUUUAUUAUUAUCUACAAAAAUAGUAACUCUACCAAAAUCAUAACCUCUGUAACUAUGCAGCGUUAAAGGGCAACUUUUACAGGCGUAUUAUUUUCAAGUGCAGUUCAGAGAUUAUGAAGAUUCCCCAAGUGAGAACUUCUUCAUGUGCUUGCAUUAAUCCACUCUUCUCCUCAAUCUAUUUUUUAUAAAUCCUAUAUCCAAGUUUAAAAACUAGACAAAUUUUGUUUUCUCUUUUUAUUUAUUCCAGCUUGUGAAUUAUGUUUAUGUGUGUUACUCUUUUAUACCGUGCUGUGAUAUGAGGGUUAACAGGGAUACCGCAGGGGGUAUUUAAAGACCAGAAUUAGGAUAUGAAGUAAAAAUGUGGCUUUACUUGCCAAAGUUAUAUGCAACUUCAUAACUAAUUGGGUUCCAGUGAAUGGGUUAUUUGCUGUAAAGCAUGUAUGACUGAUAUGGAAAGCAUGUUUUUGUUCUUCUUUUCCCUCUCUCUUUUUUUUUUUUUUUUAUGAAAACAGAAAAGCAGGGAUGAGUAAACGGCAUGGUUAGAUUAGUAAACAGAGUAAAGUAGCAAAUUCUUGAGGCUUUAAUGGGCCAAAACUGAAUCAAAAGACUAUAGCAGGUUUUUAAACUAUACAGACUGCAAUCUUGUUACAAACGUAUGCAACACUUGAUUUUCAGCACAAACUUUUGACAUGAGGGAAGUAUUUUUAUGGUUAUGCAUCCUGUAGUCACUGCCAGAUGAUUUUGUAAAUAACUGUUUUCACCUAAAAAAAGUGUUUUUGAGACGUAAUUGAUGUGUAAGUAACCAGCCUGCUGUUUAAUUGACAAUACGAUGUUAAUCUACUGCCACUGGCAAAGAUAUAUUAACUGCUGACAUUUCGGUCAUAAAGUAAUUAACACACAAAAAACAUAUUGGAGGAAUGUGGCAUGUGGGGGAAAAAUGUCUCAGGUGUCAAAUUUUUUAAAAUGACCUUUUCAAAAGACAUUCUUUCUACAAUUAUUGUUUAGUGUACAAUAUCUUUCCAAAAGCCAGUUGAAGGUUUGCCCAUGUUUUAUAGAGUUUUAAAACAAAAACUAUUGAUAAAUUGUGAAUUAUCUGAUAUCAGUGAAUCGUUUACCAACAUGUUUUCAGGAUGUAUACAGUACAUUACAGAAAAAUCUGAAUAAUGCUCAAACAUCAGUCUAGUCUCUCCUGGCAGUGCCAAAAGAUUUUUACAGCAAUCAUUCUACCCAGAUGGUCACAGUGAUUUUGCUAUAAGAUAUAGACAUAUUUAUUUUGUUUGUAAAGACAUCUGUUGUUGAUACUGGAACAACAUUCCUGUUCGAAAAUUUAGUCUUAACCCUAUCCCUACCCCUAAACGGUGAACGUGAUUUCACCAUCGUUCAACAUCGUUGUCCUGAAACAACAUUGAAAUCAACGGGAAUGAAUUUCACUCUGUUGUAUUCAUUCAUUAUCUAUUGGUCCUGAUGAAUUUAGCGCGUUAACGCAUGCAAUUACAUUUUUCAGUUUAAUCGCGUUAAAAAUGUUAGUGCAAUUAACCAACCCGAUCUCAUGGCAAUUCCUAUGACCUCACUCAUACGGAUUUGUACGUUUUUUUGCUAAAUCGUACAUAUUUUACAAGUUGCCAAACUCGUAUGAAUUCGUACAAAUUACCUACUGCUAACCCCGCCCCUAAACCUACCCGUCACUGGGGUUUAGACAAAACGUACAAAUUCGUAUGAAUUAGCCACCUCGUAAAAUGCGUACGAAUUGGUCGUGAGAUAGCGUUGCAAUUAACGCAGCAUUUGUUUUUUCCAUAAUAAUUUGGCUAGCGUUACAAUAUAUGAUCAUGCUCUUUUUCAUGCAAAUGCAUUUAAACCUUUCAAGCGGCCACAAUACAAACAGGAACGUGCUGUCUGUGAAUGCCGUGUCAUGUGACACACACACACGACUCGCGUACGCAGAAAGACGCGCACCAGUUUGGAGUUCUCUUUCAUGCUUGAACAAACAACAAAGCACAGAAUUAUGACAAAAUGCCCGUUUUGUCGAGUAUCUUCAUAAGAGCAGUCUUAAAUGAGUUAAAUAACGUCUUAAAUGAACUUAAAGAGUUGUGAGAAAAUGAGAUGCACGUCAGAUCCGCGUCAUGUUCGGCUGCAGCAGCUCUUAAAGUGACAGCAGCCUAAUAAACCAGCUGCUGUGAUGUCUGUCAUUAUAAUGUUAAUCAAAGGACAAAGGGAACAGAGAAACUUGUAGAUUUAAUAAGGUUUAAUUUAUAAUUUGUGCAGUGAAGACUGUAAAGUGUUUGAUAACUUUAUUCAAUAUCUGUAUAUUUCAUACCUGUUAGACAGGAAGGCCAUGGUUAAAUAUGACAUUUAUUAUAAUAGCUAAAUGUGAAGAUUGUUUUAAGGUCACUUGACUUAAAAGUUCAUUUUUAAAGACUAAUAAACAUUAAAAUGAAUUGCUUUCAGUUAUACUGUAGUGUUGAAUAUUUAUAAUUAUAAUAUAUUAUAAUUAUUAUGUAUUAUAAAAUAGAUUUAAAAUAGUUUUAAUUAUAAAAAUAUUAUUAUAAUUUCAUAGAAACAUCAGUAGCAGUAUUAGUAUC